ACCAAUGCUGGCCCCAGCCGCUGAGACUGAGACUGAGAGCUAGAACUCUCCACCUACUGUCCAGCCGGCCUCCCCCAUCUCGCAAAACUGUCUCCACAAGAGAGAGACACUAACGAUUUGAUCGCCAGCGACACCCUCCCUGGGUGACUCGCAGAUCAAACCCAUACCUAUAGGCUGCCUUUACUUCAAACAUACACAGCGAGAAAAAGAACAAAUACAAGAAUUACCGGGGUGUGUAAAUGUAUUGACAUAUCCACUCCACGUGACGACUGAUGAGAGUAACAAAGGCCCAGAGAGCAAAUUUUUCGGAGAAAAGUACUAGGCCAUGGACAGCAGAGGAUUUUAAGAUAAGGUUCAAGCCCAUGUACGAAACAUUUGAGAAACGUCUACAUUUGCAUAGAGAAGAAAUAACCGUGGAAUAAACAAAGGAAGACAAGAUGACGUCUUUCAAGCCCAAGGACAUUCUUCAGAGGUUCCGUGAUUCCCGGAAGUUGGUGGUCGUCAUCGUGUUUGUCGCUCUGUUCCUGGACAACAUGUUGCUGACAGUCGUUGUACCAAUUGUGCCAAACUUUCUACGCAAACUAGAAAACCCUUACGUCGUCGUGAACCGUUCAAAAGCUGAGCUGGGCAUAACAGAAGCUCCCACAAUAGAACUCAUUUGCAGAAAUAAAACCCUAUCGCCUCCCAUAGACAUGAACGAUACCAUGGCGUCAAUUCUACAGCCUCUAGGUAGGUACUACGUGGGCAGGUAUGGUAGGCCAGACCGUCCAAUGUACACAGAAUGCCACAAUGAGACGGUGUGGAGGAAUUUAUCCAUGGAGUUUAUGACAGUCACAGAGAGGUCUCCGAGGCAUGCAGACCUGGACGCUGAGAACAUAGAGGUCGGCUUUAUGUUUGCUUCUAAGGCCAUCAUGCAGCUCAUUGCCAACCCCUUCAUAGGACCUAUCACAAACAGGAUUGGCUACACGAUCCCAAUGUUUACAGGGUUUGUCAUUAUGAUGGUCUCAACCAUAAUUUUUGCCUUCGGAGAGACUUACACUGUGCUGUUUGUGGCGAGGACGGUGCAAGGCAUUGGCUCCUCGUGUUCUAGUGUGGCAGGAAUGGGUAUGAUAGCGACAUAUUUCCCUGACGAUAAAGAGCGAGGGAAUGCCAUGGGUAUUGCUCUAGGAGGCCUGGCCAUGGGGGUCCUCGUGGGCCCACCUUUUGGCGGAAUCAUGUACGAGUUUGCAGGAAAAGAGACACCAUUCCUUAUCCUGGCUGCUCUUGCAUUCUUUGACGGCUGCCUCCAGUUGUUGGCGCUCAAACCUUCGGUGAAGCCCGAGUCUCAGGAGGGGACAGCCUUCAAGGAGUUGUUACGUGAUCCCUACAUCCUUGUGGCCGCGGGAGCCAUUACUUUCGGUAACAUGGGCAUCGCCAUGAUGGAGCCGUCUCUUCCUAUCUGGAUGUACAAGACGAUGCAUUCUGUUGAAUGGGAGCAAGUUGCCGUUCUCCAAGAACCUUGGCCAUCUGAUAGCGCCUAACUUCGGCAUGGGUUUUGCCCUAGGUAUGGUGGACUCUUCCAUGAUGCCUCACAUGGGCUACCUGGUGGACCUCCGUCACGUCUCUGUGUACGGCAGUGUCUACGCCAUUGCGGACGUGGCCUUUUGUUUGGGUUUUGCCAUCGGAUGUUGUGGAUUAUCGCUAUCUUCAACCUUCUCUAUGCGCCACUACUGAUUUUCCUGAGGAAUCCUCCAGCAAGGGAAGAGAAGAUGAGUCUGAUCAUGAAUGACCAGUGUCCCGUCAAGUACGUGAGCUACAAUCAAAAUGGCGGAGGCAGUCCACAGUCGGAGGAGGGAUACGACUACUACGAAUGACCAAACCCCAAGCCAUAGAGAUUGAACUUAAGAGGAAAUAUCCAGUCCCGCACAGAAGGAGACAAAAGAAGACCAUGAUCAGAAUUUAUCGACAUGUUUAGUUUUAGUUUUUGUUUGUAGAAACACCGCUACUCCUUCAAAUAUUUUUUUCUGUUUAAAUAAAGCGAUGAUGGCGUGGUUCUCAACGAAUCAAUAAGAGUGAGGAACUGAUUUGUUCGAAGUAUCAUGGCUAUUGCGAACAUUUGUCAAAACGUAGGUGUCCAGUCUCGAUCACCUCAUCUUUUUAAUAUUAGAUUUCAUAAACUAUUGUUUAAAAAAAAAAAGAAAGAAAAACAGAGACAAACUUUUCACUUUGAUCAUCACGUUUUUUUUCUUUCUUCAGAUGAAUCACUGAUCUGAAUAGAAACAUCAAAAUAUUAUUUUUAACCUUGUCGUUAUAAAUAUGAAAUUACGCUACGUUUCAUGCAUUUCAUACAAAAGAAAACAUAGCUUUUAGAUUUAGAACAACUGUAGACUGUUAUCAAGAGUACUUUUUAUAUUUAGUACUCGUUGUAAGAUGACGGCUUCAACAUCCACUAUUCUUUAAUGUAACUUUUGUAAUGUAUUCAUGCUUUUAGAAAAGAUGUUUACAAAACAAAAUCCCCCCCCCCCCCCCUCCCGUUUUUAUUCCUCUCCAUUGAAAAACAAAACAGAGAUCAACAACAAAAAUGUCAGACACAAAAAAAAACAUGAAUAAAAAAGGAACAAAAUAAAUCCAUACACUUUUAUAGCAUUCGAACUCCUCUCUUUUCUUUUGAUCAAAUCAGCUAAAAUAAAAAUAGUUUCGAAUUUUUGUUCACCGACUCCAUGGUCUGCCUUCUGGCCUCCUGUUGUAAGAAUGUAAAGGAUAAAUAAUAACUAAGAUAAUGAAUGUGCAUAUUAUUAUGAUGAGCCUUUCUGUCGUUGAUUCACAUUCAACUCUAGAAAUGACUGAGUUUCCUUUUCUUUAAUUUGGGUAGUUUGAGGAAUGCAAAAAUGGCGUGGUGAGUGAUAAUGCUUGUGAGUAGGAUAAUCUAUUCUUAUCUUAUUGAUUUGUGUAUGACUGACUUUAUCUAUUUACAACUGUCUUUAUUAAGUAUAUUGUACACGGGCUUAGGUCUGAUUUAUUGCAAUUGACUAUUUAAAGAAAUCUUGUUGGAAUUUUGAAGUUAAGUUUGUUCUUGUAAAUCUAAAGUACACGCUUGGAAAUUCUUGAACCCGCUCUGGUUACUGUCAUGUUCUCAUUGUUUGCCGUUUGGAAGAAUGUUACUUGUCGGAGGCUGUGGAUUCAGCACAUUAUAAAGAAGCAUGUGCUUCUGACACGAGGGUAGGGGGUGGGGAAGGGAGAGUGACUUCGUCAGACUUCAUUUUCUGAUAAGCCUUGUAUGUUUACCCGAUGGGAAAGUUCGUCACCAGCUCUCCCCUUGAUUUGCUGACCUGGGCGAUUGGGUAAUUUUGAGGGGAGGUUGGGGUCACCCAGGUAGUGACAGAUGUAUAUUUUGAUAACAUAAACUUCUUCUAAAGUAAUCGUAGCUACUUUUACUGAAGGUGGAUUGUUUGAUGAGAGAUUUACGGUGAUCGGGAUGGCAUCAGGUCAUAUGAACGCGUAUUGAAGAUAGGACAUUAUGUCAUGCUCAUGAAAGAGUUCACCCAGUAUGAAUUCUAUUUUUACCUGAUAGACUGCUAGACGAGAUCAUUUUUAUAAAAUUCUAUAAAUGGGGCGAAUGUAAGAUUCAUAAAACGGUUCUAUUUUAUCGAUGUUGAUAACAAGUAACCCAUUUUACUUUGGUAAACUUUUUUUUAAAAUCUGAGCAAAGCCAGAAAGCCACCCUAGAAUUUAAAACCAAGCAGCGUUUCCCGUUAAAAAACGAUCAAAGGCUUGUUCUUAAAAGUAGCGGAAGGCAAAUUCAGUGAAUAAAACACUAACUGUGCCCCCCCCCCCUCCUCCAACUAUAAAUUUGAAUUCACUUAGAUAACCUGUCGAUUAACCAAAGGUUGAAGACGGCAAUCUUUUCAUCGCUAGUCUGAUCUGGCUCUGGAACCUUAGCUGUCAGUCUUGCUUCUACUAGAGAAUUACUGACCUUUUUUUUUUUAUUAUAGAAGUUUGGUAAUCUAUGGUAUCAGCUGCAUAUUCUCAAGAGACAUUUUUUUCGAAAUUCAAAUUCAAGAUGUUGAAAAAAAGCUUAAAAAAGAAUACAAAGUGUUGGUUAUAUAAUUAUUAAGUGCGAGGUUGUGUUUUUUUCUCUCUCUCCUAAACAAUUUUGCUACACGAGGCUGGAACAUAAUACUUGAUCAGCCUACCAAUGACCUUGAUUCUAAGACGCUCAGUUCUGUGAUGUAAAAUGUUAAUGUGCGUCAGUUUGCAAGUUAGUUGGAAGUCUCCAGAUACAUGUGCAUGUAACACUAGGUUAAAUACAAAGUGUGAUCAAGCAAUAUUGUGAUGUAUAAUAGCCCUUUGUAUACGACAUUGUUGUGCCGAUGUAAAACCUAGAAUACGCAUAUCCAAUCAGAGCCCUUUGUUAAAUACACUGAUAUUUUAUCAUUAUGAUAUGCUGGUUAGCUUAAGGUAGUAAAUUAUUAUGUAUUGUGAUGCCAUUCCAUUUAGAUUGUCCACGUGGAAGUCUAAGUAACCACGUUCAUUUUUAUUCUCUUCAUUUUCAAUUGAUGUUUCCUUUUUCAGAGUCUAGGAGCAAAACGGUAUAUUCCCAUCCUUGCAAGUGUAGAAAUGAAUGUUCGUGUAUAAAAGAAAAACAAUCAAAACAACAGAACCAGCGCCUUUGAAACGAUAAUUCAUGCGUAAAAGAAAACAAACAAAACAACACACAAAUAAAGCGUCUUUACAGGUGUAAAAAGAACGUAAACACAAAUAAACCCGAAAAAACAUACUACAAUCAUUGAAGUUUGAUAGGCAUAUUUUUAUUUCGAUAGGUCAAAACAUAUUAAUAUUUUUUCCCAAAACAUAUUUUUAUUAAAUAUUCACGAGUUGAUGACAUUUAAUUAAUUAUUAGUAUAAAGAAGAACAACCACCUUGCCCGUGUAUUUGGAUAGUAGGACUUCGGUGUAGCUCUGAUUCUUUGACUUCAUAGUUAUUGCAUUCUACGCUGCUACGGUGUUAUUGUUAUCAACCAAUCAUCAUCAUCGUUAUCAUCCUUAUCAUCAUCCUCAUCAUCAUCAUCAUCAUCAUCAUCACCAUCAUCAUCAUCAUAGAAGUUUGGUAAUCUAUGGUAUCAGCUGCAUAUUCUCAAGAGACAUUUUUUUCGAAAAUAAAAUCAAAGCAUGGUUCAGCGUAUCGUUAAUUCUGGCUUCCAAAGAAACAUUACUAAAAAACAACAACAUCAAUAAGAACUACACGAACAGUAACAACAACAACUAAAAA